AUGGCAUCAAGAGAAAUACCACUUCAGAAGAGCGUGAUGCCUUUCGAAGAUUUUCUAAGGUGGAAUAGUGACCGCAAUAUUGAAGUGCGGUAUGAGCAGCGCAUCACCUGUCUACCGUCAAGCGCGGGCGUCCAACAGAAAUGGUCUUCACAUACGGAAGCUGAAAAGCACCGAAGUGCUCCUGCACGGCUAGAGGGAACAUACGAGGGUUUUAGCAUCGAAAGAACUACAGACACCGUUAUGGAUGCACCACUCGACAACGCUAAGGACCAUGACGCUGUUCUUGGCCCUCGCAGUAACCCCGUCAGACUGAGUCGCAAAGCUGCUGUGAAGCGCAGCAGUACGAAAGAGAAAAGGUCUGCGACCGAGAGACGCGACAGUACGAUGCAGAACACCCACGUCCGCGCGAAGACUUCUUCCAAGGUUCCAGCUAUACGAAUCAUUGGGAGCACGCCACCUAUUUUACGCCGCUUCAGCUUCGAUGAAACACCCAGUGAGCUCUCGUUUAAUAUCGGCAAGCUCUCCGACUCGCCUGAUUUCGAAGAUGUUCCGCUCAGCCCUGUGGCUGGUCCAGAGCCGGUCAACUCGUCUCAACGGCAGCUACCUGCCCUGGAACAGCGAAGCCAUCGAGUGGCCAAAGAGGAGCGAGAGGAAAAGGUUGGAAGCCAAAAACUGGAGCGACAGCAAGGUCGCGUUGCGACGACUUUUGAUCAGAUAUUGGGGGAGAAGAGAAUUCCUACCGCAUUGAUGUAG